AAACCCGGUCCCCAAGCACUGCAGGCAAUCCCCACUGCGCAGCCGCAGCAAGGGUGAAAGAGUGACACGAAAGGCCCGAGGAAGGCCGGAAGUCCCCUGGCGCCUGGGGUUGCUGCCGGUCAUUCCUUGGCCCCGCCCCUUCCCCCGGGCUGGAGGCGGGGGUGAGUUUUCCCCGCGGCGCGUCCGAGGCGGGCUGCUGCGAAAGCCCUGCGGAGGUUCCAGCCGGGUCCUCCAGUCUUUCGGGCGCCGCUUGCAAAAAAAGGGGGGGAGGCAAGGGAUAUUAAUUAUAAUUAUUAUUGAAAUAUGAUGGGUUAAUGAAUUGCUUUUUAUUUUGCCAGCCUUUGGGAACCUGAUGCUUCUGGUUCUGGAGCGCUGCAGCUUGUUGAAAAAAAAAAAAAAAGAAUCACGGCAUGUGUCUGCUAAGCAACGCUGAGUUCAAUGGGACUUCUUGCUCAAGGUAAGUUGCUGCAGCGAGUAGUGGGAUUUUGCAAGCGGAGGAGCGCAAAUGUCAGUUUCCUUGGAAACCAGGAUGCAGCUGGGUAUUUUUAAUUUUAUCUCCUAAAAUUUAUACACCGCUUGAUUUUGCCAGCAAAGUAACAAACCUCAUAGUGGUUUACGGAAAGCAUAAAAUCAGGAGAACACUUACCGUACAUUAUAACAUGCAGAAAGUUAGAACGCUAAAUCGGAUCAAAACUCACAUCAGCAUUUCUGAGCACCUGGGACGGCGUGUGUAAACAGUGUAUUUAGCAGGCACCGAAAAGAGCACAGUGUAGUUUUUAGCUCUGGCAUAAGUACAGUGGUACCUCGGGUUAAGAACUUAAUUUGUUCCGGAGGUCCGUUCUUAACCUGAAACUGUUCUUAACCGGAAGCCCCACUUUAGCUAAUGGAGCCUCCCCCUGCUGCCGCGCCGCUGGAGCACGAUUUCUGUUCUCAUCCUAAAGCAAAGUUCUUAACCUGAGGUCUUAUUUCUGGGUAAGCAUAUGUAACCUGAGGUACCACUGUAAUGUGAAGGUUGCAACCCAAAGAGCUUUCUUUCUGGUAGAGCCUUGAGCAAUUCUUAGACGAUUGUUUUGCAUGUUUCAGGGCCAUCUUUAGCAUAUGUGGCGCUGUGGUGCAAAAAACUGCCCAGCGCCCCCAGUUUGGGGGGAGGGCAGGCCAAAGUUGUUGAGCUUUUGGGGUGCACACAAAUCUCUCCCAUGCCACUGCGGGUGGAGGGAAGAGAACAACCCCCGCAGCGGCUUGGGCGCACAACUCUCUCCCAUGCUGCUGUGGGAGGAGAGCAAUCCCCACAGAGGCUUGGGAGGGAAGCUGCACGCCUCGUGUGAGCAGCAUGCAUGCGCUGGGUGGGCCUCUCGACAGCCCACCAAUCCCAGGUGCGCAGGAGGGUGGAGCCAGCUGGCUGCCUCAAUGCCAGCAGCAGAAAAGCCUGUGGUGUUCUGACAGGCUCUGCUCUGCCCAGCAACGGCUGUUGGCUGGCCUGGCUCUUCAAUCCCCAGACUCUUGGCCUGGCGCCCCUGAGAGCCCAGCGCCUGGGUGCCACACACCCCUAGUGCCUAUGGGUAAGCCGGCCCUGUUGAGGCUUAAUACAGUUUUUGUUUACAAAGCAGGUACAGGCUUCUUGUGGCCUGAGCUAGGGCAGCUAGUUGCAAAAGAGGACCAUUCAUCUUCCAGUGUGUAAACGUAAAGGGACCCCUGACCGUUAGGUCCAGUUGUGACCGACUCUGGGGUUGUGGUGCUCAUCUCGCUUUAUUGGCCGAGGGAGCCGGCGUACAGCUUCCGGGUCAUGUGGCCAGCAUGACUAAGCCGCUUCUGGCAAACCAGAGCAGCGCACGGAAACACCGUUUACCUUCCCGCCGGAGCGGUACCUAUUUAUCUACUUGCACUUUGACGUGCUUUCGAGCUGCUAGGUUGUCAGGAGCUGGGACCAAGAAACGGGAGCUCACCCCAUUGCGGGGAUUCGAACCGCCGACCUUCUGAUCGGCAAGUCCUAGGCUCGGUGGUUUAACCCAUAGCGCCACCCGAAGAGGGUAUUUUAGUGCUUGAAGUUUGAGUGACAAGCUGUACCUGCUGAAAUUCCUCUUCUACACAAUUGCCAAAGGUGAGGGGGCCCUGUCCUUUUGCAUCUGACCUCUCUUGCCUGAUCCUAUGCAUGCUUACUUGGAUGUAAGACCCGCUGAGUUCAGUAGGAGCUACUCACACAUAAGGCUGCAAACCCCAUUCAGUGAGAUUCCCACUGAGUCUGAUAGUAGUUUAUCCCACAUGGGAAGUUGCCAUGAGCGCAGGCACAGUGUGUGUGUGUGCAAAAAUCACACCUCUCCACUGUAACUCUUGAGUGAGUAGGAGCCUGCCCGCCUGUCUGCAUGCUCCCGUACCACUCCUUCUCUGCUGUUCUUGGUUUGCUGACCAGCUACUGAAAACAAUGAUUUGGUGCUAAUCCAAUAUGUGGUCAAUAAUUUCCACUUACCAGUUCAUCGUAUUGUAUGCUUUUGUUAUAUCUCUUCAUUGCAGCAUUGGUUUUUGUAAUAAUAAUAAUAAUAAUAAUAAUAAUAAUUUAUUAUUUCUAGCCCACCCAUCUGGCUGGGUUUCCCCAGCCACUCUGGGCAGCUUCCAGCAAAAUAUCAAAAUACAAUAGUUCAUCAAACAUUAAAAGUUUCCCUAAACAGGGCUGCCUUCAGAUGUCUUCAGAAGUCUGGUAGUUGUUGUUCUCUUUGACAUCUGGUGGGAGGGCGUUCCACAGGGCGGGUGCCGCUACCAAGAAGGCCCUCUGCCUGGUUCCCUGUGACUUGGCUUCUCGCAGCGAGAGAACCACCAGAAGGCCCUUGGCGCUGGACCUCAGUGUCUGGGCAGAACAAUGGGGGUGGAGACGCUCCUUCAGAUAUACUGGACCGAGGCCGUUUAGGGCUUUAAAGGUCAGCACCAACACUUUGAAUUGUGCCUGUAAACAUACUGGGAGCCAAUGUAGGUUUUUCAAGCCUGGUGUUAUAUGGUCUUAGCGGCCACUCCCAGUCACCAGUUUAGCUGCCGCAUUCUGGAUUAGUUGUUGUUUUUGGGUCACCUUCAAAGUUAGCCCCAUGUAGAGCGCAUUGCAGUAGUCCAAGCGGGAGAUAACUAGAGCAUGCACGAUUCUGGUGAGACAGUCCACAGGCAGGUAGGGUCUCAGCCUGCGUACCAAAUGGAGCUGGUAAACAGCUGCCCAGGACACAGAAUUGACCUGCACCUCCAUGGACAGCUGUGAGUCCAAAAUGACUCCCAGGCUGCACACCUGGUCCUUCAGGGGCACAGUUACCCCAUUCAGGACCAGGGAGUCAUCCACACCUGCCCGCUUCCUGUUCCCCCAAAACAGUACUUCUAAACCUAUCCUGCCGGAGAUGAUGAAACAGUGCGACCAAGGCAGUUUCAGUGAAUCCCAACUGGAAGGGAUCCAAUGGAAUGGAAUAUUUUUUUUUGGGACAUUCUUGAAGUUGAGAUUGUAUAUUUGCUCUACUUGAGAGGCCUUCCUUCAGGUCCUGCCUCUGAGGGAAGGCACAUGGGUGACCUUGUCGGCUGCGGUGCCCAGGAUUUGGAACAGCAUCCCAAGAGAAUUUUAACUGAUCCCCUCACGAUCUGCUUCUUAGACGGGUGGCAGUGACUAUUCUAUUCAAGCAAUCUUCUGUAGGAGUCUGAUUUUAUUAUAAUAAAUAGCUUUGUGGCAUCGUAAACACUGACAGAUCUAUUAUGUGAGAUAGCCUUCCCCCAAUCGGUGCCUGUCAGAUUCCCCCGCCCUUCCAAUUAGCUUGUAUGGCUAAUUGCAUUAUGGGAGUAUUAGUACAAAAAAAGAAGGGCAGCAGGUUGGGGAAGGCCGCCAUAGGUUUUCAUGAGCCGCAGUCCCAUUUCAUCAAAUGCAUUAUGGUAUUAUGAGUUUGUCUACAGUGAUAUUGGAGGGGAGCAAAACAAGUAGACUGUUAAUCACACUGGCUGUUCACAGCGCACUUGUUGUGGAUAAUGCAGGAUAAUGCCUAGUGCAUCUGAUGAAGUGCACUGUAUUUCACUAAGACUUGUUCCCUAAUAAAUUGGUUACUCUUUACACUGCCACAAGACUCUUACUGCUUUUGGAAUGUUUUGACUAUGUAUUUUGCAGCACUUUCAAGUUUGUUUGUAUUUUGUUGUGAUUUUGAACCAUAGUUUUUCCCUUGAUUUUAUUAUAUAGCUGUCUUGAUGUUUGUAAGCCUCCUUGUUUGGUUUACUUAAAAAUAGAUAGUGGCGUGUAAAUUAAUCAGUAAUAGUAAUAAUAAGAUUGGGAAGGACAGGGAGGAAAUCUUACUGGCCUAAGUUUGGACAUACCGUAUUUGUUGCUCUAUAUACGACUCACUUUUUCCCUCCUGAAAAGUAAGGGGAAAUGUGUGUGCAUCUCCUGGAGCGAAUGCAGGCUGCGCAGCUAUCACAGAAGCCAGAACACCAAGAGGGAUUGCUGCUUUCACUGCGCAGCGAUCCCUCUUGCUGUUCUGGCUUCUGAGAUUCGGGACUAUUUUUUUUCUUGUUUUCCUCCUCCAAAAACCAGUCUUGUGGUCUGGUGCGUCUUAUGGAGCGAAAAAUACAGUAAUUGCCACAGUCUUGCCACACAAUGCUCUCGAAGAUAUCUAACAAAAUGACUAAGCUUUGUGUGAUGCCAUAAAAUGCCUUCUUAUUCAAUACCUAUUCACUUUAGCUGACCUUUCAUAGGAGGCAUAAGGUCUGAUAUAAGUCAGGAUUUGAGAGAAGGAUUUCUUUUUUUGCUCCUGCACUGCCACAAUUCUUUUUUUUUAGUGUUAAAUGCUAAGAACUUAUAUCUUUUUUGUGUGUACUGGUCACUGUAUUAAUAAUUUCUUAAUUUUUCUUUCUCUAAAGGUUGCCAUGAUGUUGAUGCGAUCUAUGCCACUAGCCUUUGCUAGCUGUUUCUAUGUGCUUGUAAAUUCUGCUGAUGAACAAUCAGGAAAUGAAAUGAGCUAGAAGAGGAGGGAGGAGGAGGAACUAUUUCACGUGUAAAUUGGGGCUUGAGAACUCAAGUCUGCAGAAUGAAUGAAAGUGGGAAGUCCUCAGAGAAGAACAUAGAGGAGGAUGCAAAAGAUUAUAGAGACUUUCCUGAGAGCUUUAACCAGCUUGAAUUGUUGGAGACCCACCGGCACCUGAUCCCCACAGGAACACAGAGUCUUUGGUCUGGAGAUUCUGACGAUGAAGACCAAGAAGAAAAAACCGAGGAAUGGUACCAGGCUCAAGAGAAGAAGCUGGAAAACAACCCAGAUAAGCUUCUGCUUUGGGCAGCAGAAAAAAAUAGAGUAAGCCAUUUCUUAAUCACAUUUGGGAAAUUCAUACUGGGGCUGUGUGUGUCGUGCCAGAAACCUAAAUUUCUUCAACCUGAUGUGGACAAUCAUUCCAGGCUUCAUGAUUUAUGAAGCUGAUAAUGAGUGCCAAAGCUGAGCGCUCUUCCUUUCCGUUCUCCCUCCUCUCAGCAUGUUCUGGCUUCGGCACAAAGUUGUUGAGGAUUUAUUAUUAUCACAAAUGAAUGAUUCGUUACAUUUGUUAGUCACUUUGUACAAAAAAAAGUCUCAAAAUGCUUUAAUUGGAUACAAUACCAAGAGAUAAAGUAAACUAGAAGGCAAAGAUCUAGCAAACAAUAUACAUUACAAAAUUCCUAAAAAGCUCAUCUAAGAGUACAAUAGGCCUACCUCCCUGCCUCGGCCCCCACCCAACUAAAAGAUGAGCACCACAGUGGAUGCUAACUUAAAUAUUAUCCAAGAACUGGAUCCUUUUAAGCUAUUUUCCUGAUUUGUUAACCCUAAGUCACAGUACUUAGGGUUGGCUGAAUACCAGCCAGGAACAUUUAAUCAAAACCAGGGUGCAGUGAGGGAACUGAGGGUUGCUCAGACCUGGUGCCCAUUCCUAGCUUCAUAAAUAAAGUUUAGUGAGGCCCUGGAUUAUUGUCAGAUUUGGGGCACUGUGACACGCUUCCUGCUAUGCAGAAAAACUGUAGUUGCGAAGUGGGAUUUGAUGUUUCAUCUCCAUGCUUCUUAAGUGGUUUUGCACAGAAGCCAAGGCCAAUAAACAUCCUUGUUUAUUGUGUGCUAUAAUCAAAGCAAUUCUCUUAAGAGGUUUCAGUGUUACUUCAUUCUGUCCCUGCAACGGCUCUUGCACAAUAGAGAUCCAGUGGAAUGUGGUGGAUAGAGUGUCAGGCUAGGAACAGAGAGACCCAGGUUCAAAUCCCCACUCUGCCAUAAACCUUGUUCAGUGAUCUCGGGCCAAUUACUCUUUCUCUCAGUAUAUUCAGUUGUAAGGGGGGAAAAACAGGAAGGGAAGACCCAUGUACAGUGGUACCUCAGGUUAAGAACUUAAUUCGUUCUGGAGGUCCGUUCUUAACCUGAAACUGUUCUUAACCUGAAGCACCACUUUAGCUAAUGGGGCCCCCCGCUGCUGCUGCGCAAUUUCUGUUCUCAUCCUGAAGCAAAGUUCUUAACCCAAGGUACUAUUUCUGGGUUAGUGGAGUCUGUAACCUGAAGCAUAUGUAACCCGAAGUGUCUGUAACCCGAGGUACCACUGUAUAUCACUCCAAAGCACUUCCAGGAGAGAUGGGGCAAAAACAUCAUAUCUAAGUCAACUAUUAUUAACAGUUAAUUAUUAUUAUAAACAUUAUUACUGUUUAUUUAAUAAUUUUGUAUACCACCCUUCAUCCGAAGAUGACAGGGCAAUUCACAACAUAAUAAUACAAAACGAAAACACGAAAUGCAUAAUAAAAACUGAAGCAAACAAAUCAAUAACAUCCCUCCCAAGGAACACAUUUUAAAAGCCAUAGAAUGUUAGCGAGCCAAACGCCUGGUUGAAGAGAAAACGUUUCAUUCUGGCGCCUAAAGAUAUGUAACAAAGGAGCCAGGUGAGUCUUGUGGGGGAGAACAUCCCACAAACUGGGGAGCCACUGCAGAAAAGGCCUUUUCUGUGUUGCCUUGCUGCGGCCCUCUCAUGGGGGAGGCACACGAAAAAGGGUCUCAGGAGGUGAUCACACAUGGUCCAGGACAGGUCGCAUCAUUAGGCUGAGAUAGAAUAAAUUUGACUGAAGUUCCGUGAGCUUUUAUAGCUGAGCAAAGUAUUGGUUCAAUGUCUUCAGUACUACUCUUGCUGUAAAAGCAAUGCAUCUAGCUUGCAGGUUUGCUGAAACUUAUUUGUCUCUUCACCCCCGCAGCUCAGCACGGUGCAAAGGCUCCUGUCUCAAAACCUUGCUCCAGUAAAUGUCCAGGAUGAAGAUUUCUAUACCCCUCUCCACCGGGCUGCCUAUAACGGGCACUUGGAAGUUGUACGGGAAGUGAUUGCCCACGGCGCGGAUGUCCAUGCCUUGACAGUGGAUAGCUGGACUCCCCUGCACAGUGCCUGCAAGUGGAACAACACCAAGAUAGCAUCGUUCUUGCUCCAGCAUGGGGCAGAUAUCAAUGCUCAGACCAAUGGCUUGCUGACUCCACUUCACCUUGCAGCAGGGAACCGGGAGAGCAAGGAAACCCUCGAACUCUUGCUCAUGAAUCGCUACCUAAAGCCAAAUCUCAAGAACAACUUGGACGAGACGGCGUAUGAUAUUGCCAGGAGGACUGAUAUAUAUCACUACCUGUUUGAGAUUGUCGAAAGUUGCACAAAUUCUGCGUCCGAUUCUUAGAAGUUGCAUACGUUUGAAUGUCAAAACACACACACUGCCAGCGCCUUUGUAAGAAGUUCUCUUUGUAAUUGCACUCAAAAGUCGGUGCUUUCAACCCCACCUCUUUGGUGUAGCUUUACUCUGUGAGAUGCUGAAAUGAGGUCUCGUUUUGUUACGAUGUCGUUAUUUUUAUACUAUAAACCACUCUACCCUUAAACUUGUGAAACAUUUCCACUUUUACUUGAAAAGCUCUGGAGGAAUCCUAAAUAUCUUGGGGCUGUUUCCCACAUUGACUACUUAACGUGGCAGAAGUACUCCCAUCCGUCAAUCUCGUAUCCCAAAGCAUGGGAAUACACAGGAGUUGGGAACCAGCAUUGUUUGAAACAUUUGGAGUGUUUUGUUUUUUCCUUUUAAAACCAUUGAGAAUUACUGAGACCUCUCUGCUGACUUACAGAGGCUGUGCUUGAGCAGAAAGAAACCCGUACAGCCUCCAGGCAGUUGUAAUGAGGUUAGCAGCUGCCCAUCAACAGAGGAAAAUAUUUUCUCAGCUAUUAAAAACUGAGCUACCCUGAAAUCAAAAAGUGCAAUGUGAUGGUCAGAUUUCAGUGUCUGGUGCAAUAUAUAAUAUACCUUGUCUGCCUACCUUCAAACCAUAACGUUUUAUGUGCUCAGAUUUUGCUUUUUAAAGGGAUAACAUGAAUGAAUGGAAAUAAUAUGCUGGGAUGACAUUUAUUUGAUGGCUGUGUGAGCAAGAUUUGAAUCCUCAUUCAAUCCUACUGAUGGAUUCAAUUGUUGAAAGUUACGUGGAUUCUUUGCUUACUGUUGCCCUCCAUAGAUGCUUAACAGCGAUAGAUUUUUUCAAAAGCAAACCUGGGAGCAGAAAACAUUACCUGGAAGUGGCACUAUGGAUUUUAGAACUUGGUAAUUCAUGUACUUUCUUCCUUUGUUACAUUUUCAUAUAAUGGACAGGGAUGAGCUGGAUGUCAUUCAUGAACGAGAAGUAGCCUGUUGUCACACACACAGGUUUUAUCCAUUCCAAAGAUACUUGGGACUGGUUCACAUAAUACUUUUAAAAUACAAGUUUGAAAAAAUUCAUGUAAACAGUAGGUGUUGUCUCUCUACAGCUACAUGUAAUCCCCCCCCCCUAUAAAUCUUAUUGGCUUGUACCAGAGAGAAAUUGGUACAAAUAGGUUCUCAGUUUCAUGUACAGUGUCAAUGGGUAAUGUAUGAAUUGACAUACAUGUAAACACUGUGUUUGCUCCUUUUGAAUGAGUGAAUUAGCCCUAAAUUAAAAGUCAGACCCACUGACAUUGGGUGGUAAUGUGAUGUUACCUCAUAACUCGAUUCACUGAGGCUGUUCUUGAAUAAGUGGCCUAAAGGCUACAAUCCAAAACUUGUAAGCUAAAAUCCACUUAACUCUGAAAUAGACAAACAAUCAUCAGUGGUAGAUCAGCGAGGGAACUCUGGAGCAAAGUGGCUUGCGUAUUGAAGCCAACAGUCCUUAAUUUUGUAGUCCAAAGACCCAGUUCUGAUUACUACUUACAAACUUGAACUUCUUGACUAAAUGUGACACUGUGUGCAGCACUCCAAUGUGGUCUAUAAACUACUUGAAUUGACCAGAAAAUUACUAGUAUGUUAUCCUGUUCAUUUAUCAGCAGACUUUGCUCCAUAUAAUCACAUAGUUCCUGCUAAAAUCAGUAAAAUAAUUUCCCUAACUUACUAGAAAGUAAGCCUCAUUGUAAUUGUAAUAGGCAGGUUUAGUUUUCUGAACUGAUUACCGGUGCUUAGCAUUAGGCUACACAUUCUGCUGUUCUAACGGCACCUCUAAAUAAAUGUUUCAAGAUUUGACAUCCAAGCCAUUUUAAGUUAGUAGUAUGCUAAUUAAAGUGGCUAGCAGAUCACCAUCUUAAGGUUGCACUACAAAUUUAGACUGCUUGGGAACCAGUUUAAAUGUGACAAUUUCUCCCACAAGAACACCGUGGCUUGUAGUUUUGUCAGUGCUGAGGCUUCACUGGAAAAUAAUUGCCAGUUUUAUCUCAAACUGCAAUUGCCAUUCUGUGGUUGGGAGCUGUGACUAAUAAGCAGGUCUGAAACCAUUUUAAAGGUGUAGUGUAGAAAAAGGCAUUUUGUAGUACGUCUUUAAGUAGUGCAAAAUUGCGAAGAUCUACUGUAACUGAAAGCUGUAAAGCACUAGUAUGUUGUAACAGAGAGAACUGGAGUAUUUAUUAUUGUAUGAAACGACAAAUACAGAUGAUAUCAAAGUUCACUUUAAAGAUUUUUUUAUUUUUUGUGAGGUACUUGUUAAUGUUUGAAAACCGCAUGAAAAGUGAAAUGGAAUGUAACUGAACUUAAUACAGGUAACACUUGAAAUACAGUAUACUGUAAUUCUGCUGUGAGUCUUAUUUAAAAAUAAAAUAUUUAACACAGUGAAACGUGAUCAGGUCUUCAGCUGCAAUGUUCAUUGCAAUGAUUUGUGG